CUAACGUUGUCCUUGCGGAGGUGAUAACAACAGCGUCAUAGGAACGUCACUUGCACCUGCAUAUUUUAUUCACCUAGGACGUCACAGCCUCAUUAAUAUUCAUCAGCCACCUGCCAUAUUGGUAUCUUUUCUUUCGCGUGCCAGAUUUCCUAUCUAAAACAUGUCUCUAUCAUUGUGAAAAGGAUUUUACCCGUUUACUUUUAAGUGGUAAUGGAAAACAUGCUCUGAAGAAAUGAGGAAAAUGUCCAGGCUGCUUUUUAUUGCGGUCUUGGCGGUGUUCGGAGAACGAACAAGCUUGGGAUUCGGAACUCCGUUACAAUCGCUGUUUCCACUUGGAACUAUAGGAUGUAUGCUCAGUGAUGUAUGUAAGCCAGAUCAAGUCUGUAAAGAUGAUCAACUUUUUGGCUUUUGUAAGAACAAUCAACGUAAUGGUAGAGACCAAGCUGAUGGUGAGAAUGAAUUCAACUUCCACCUUUCAAGCCAGGAGCUGGAUCAGCUACAGGCUCAGAUUGUGAUCCUCAUCCAGAGAGGCCUCACCUGGAAGGAUGCCCUCACGCAGUGUGUUCUCCAGAACACCCUCGUCGCUUUCGCUUUCAAAAACUCCUUCAACCCAAACUCCUGUGAAGAUGCCCUCCUGUCAUUGUCUGAUGAUUAUUCUAACGAUGUGAAAGAUGAAAUUUCGUCAGUAUUACAAAAGCUGCUUGCUUACCAAGGCGAUGACGACGGCUAUUCCAGUCCUGUGCUGAAGAAAAGCAUGGAUGAUUUAGGCCUUGGUUUGGAGGAUGGUCUGCAGACCAACUCCAACAAGCGGGAUGAGUUUGUCCAGAUUCACAAGUACUUCGACCAGUCGAAAGGUCAGUUCAAACGAGACCCAUUCCUCACUGAUGAGAACUCCCUCAACUACCUCAGCCCCUUUAAUUCGCCCCGAUCUGAUGCUGAUGUCCCUGUCCCAGAUGACAGCUCCCAGUACGACAGUCGCAUCAGAAGUUACGUGAACACGAUAGAGCAACUCUCAUCUCUGCAGAAGUUUGAUGACCAGCCACCCAUAGACUCCCAACUGAUGGAUGAGAAGAACUCCAUUCUAGUUCAGAACGAUGACCAAAACAGUGGCCGGUACACUGACCAGAACAGUGGCCGGUACACUGACCAGAACAGUGACCGGUACAUUGACCAGAUGUAUCCAGUUGAUGACUCCGAGGUUGAGGACUUCCUUCGCUCACAGAUGUCGUCUAAUUCUGUGUCUAAUGAUGAUGAAGCUCUUAGUGGCCCAAGUGACCAGCUUCUUGACAGUAUCGACAUGACCGUGAAGAAGGAUGAGAAGAUAGAUGCAGCACCACCAGCUGAAGUGAGAGAUGAGUUGAUAGAGUUGCCCGACGGCUACCUGUCCCUGUCCCCACCAGAUGAGAGGACUCUCGAGGACCUCCUACAGGGAAAAAUUGCGCCCCGCAGUCUGGAUGAGGACCAAAUCAAGCGACUGACAAGAUUUGUUGAACAGAUGGUGACCACACUGGGGAAACAAGACUCAGUUGAUGACAACAUUCUCACGGAAGUGAAAACAGAAGAAGAGUUACAUCCUGUGCAAGAUAACUCUCCAGCAGCUGAUGAUCAUCUUCUUACAGAGCCCAUGAGCCAGUCACAAGAUGAAGAAAUUCUCUCACCAGGGGGCGACUCGCUCAUCAGCAAAAAAAGUUCAAAUAAAGAGCCUGAAAAAGAUGCCAAGCCGAAAGAUUUGCCAAAGCCAGAAGAUAUUGUCAAAAUUACUUACGCCAACAUUCAGCUAGAUCAAGAAGUUAGUCCUGAAUUGGGUGAAGCUUUUCUUCUCAUGCUUGCUGAUCUUUUGGGUCUUGAUGGGAAAGUGAACGAUGUUCGUGUUGAUGGCACCAGAAUCACCUUCCACGUCCUGCCCAAUUCUAAACUGAAUGCUACGAUGGUGGCAGAAGAAGCAGUGAAGCCCGAUAUUGUAGACCAACUGACCAAAGAAUUUGGCAUUACCUUGGUGACAGCUGGGAUUGGCAAAGAGACCCAGGUGGAGGUAAAGAAGCAGGACAACAAGUAUGUUGUGUUGACGUUCAUCUUUGUCGGCUGCACAGCCGGCGUCCUCCUCGCCGUGGUCGUCAUCUAUGUGGUUCGCAAGCACGCCAGAUCCAAAGAGAAGCUGGCACAACUGUCUGCAACAGGGCAAGGAAACGAGGCAUCAAAAGACUAUCAGGAUUUGUGUCGUCAGCGCAUGCAAAGCAAGUCUUCUGAGAAACCGGAGCCUCUCCAUGCAGUUUCCCGUGUGAGCAGUGUCGGCGAGCCCAACGUGCGCAGUCCCUCGAGUCGAAGCAGCACCUCCUCUUGGAGUGAGGAGCCAGUCGCUUCCAACAUGGACAUCUCCACGGGACACAUCGUUCUGUCCUACAUGGAGGAUCACCUGAAGAACCAGGAUCGGCUAGACCAGGAGUGGGAGGCGCUGUGUGCAUAUGAAGCUGAUCCAUCCAGCACCAAGAUCGCCAAUGACCCAGCCAACAUGCGCAAGAAUCGCUACGGAGACAUACUGCCAUACGACCACUCCCGAGUUGUACUGUCUACCUCGACAAACGUAUCCGGAUCUGACUACAUCAAUGCAAGCUUUAUUACGGACCAUGAUCCCCGGAAUCCAGCAUUUAUUGCAACACAAGGACCACUACCCCACACAGUGGCUGACUUCUGGCAGAUGGUUUGGGAACAAGGCAGCGUGGUGAUUGUCAUGCUAACCAAGUUGACGGAAAACGGCUCGGCAAUGUGUCACCGAUACUGGCCAGAGGAAGGCAGCGAUCUCUACCACAUCUACGAGGUUCACCUUGUGUCUGAGCACAUCUGGUGUGAUGACUACCUGGUGCGCAGCUUCUACCUGAAGAACCUGCAGACUAACGAGACCCGCACCGUGACCCAGUUCCACUUCCUCACCUGGCCACACCUCGGUGUCCCCAACUCCAUCAAGGCCCUGCUAGACUUCCGAAGGAAAGUGAACAAGUCGUACCGUGGACGAUCCUGCCCCAUUGUGGUUCACUGCAGUGAUGGAUGUGGCCGAACUGGUACUUACUGCCUGAUUGACAUGGUCCUCAACAGAAUGGCUAAGGGAGCCAAAGAGAUUGACAUGGCUGCCACACUGGAACACAUUCGGGACCAGAGAAUGGCAAUGGCAAAGACAAAGGAGCAGUUCCAGUUCUCUCUGGCAGCCGUCGCCGAGGAGGUGCAUGCAAUUCUGAAGGCACUGCCCCAGUGAACAGUCCGCUAGUGGUGACACGACACUUGAAGACGACUUAUCAUCCGAGACUGGAAAUUACCUAGAGGAAAUAAAAAACACACAAAAAUACCCAUGUUGCUAGGGCUACUACUAUAGUUCAUUUAAUGAGUGAGGGAAGAUGGACUGUACGCUACGGAGACAAAUACAAUUUAAUAGGUGGAAAUUAUAUGUUUAACUAAUGAGGUGGGCAAACUUAUAAUGGUGGUAAAAGUAAUAUUUAUUUUUGUCAUGGUGACCAGCAAUGUUUUUUUCCAGAAUGAAGAAAAUUUAAAUUGUAUGUAUCUGCUCAUAGAUAACAAAUAAGUAACAGUUAUAUAUAGUUACAUAUAUGCCACGGGAAAUUUGUGUAAUUCAUAAAUUACUUAUUUAAGCUGAAAUUGUUCUAGAUUAGAUACCAUUAUUGAAUGAAUUUAUCGUUGCCACUAAGUUUCAUUUUCUUUUAAUUUUAUUUGCAAAAAAAAUAAAUAUAUAUAUAUGGCAAUAUGUUUUAAAAUAUCAAUACAAUAAACUAAAAUGUCUGAUAUUUUGGAAAAUAUCUUCGAUUGGUCGCCGUUUUUCUGUUGCUGUCAGUUUUUUUGUCUGUUGUUGAGGGUAAGAAUAACUUGGCAUGCUUCAGUCUGGUUUAGAUCAUGCGUUUGGAAUCAAGAAGGUGAAUCGGUCUUUCAUUUGAAAUGUCUUGCAUAGGAGCAUGAUCAAACUGAAUGUUUUAAGAGUGGUGUUUAACUUCACUUGCCAGACAGUGUCGUGACUGGAAACUCAAACCCUGGCCACCCCUUAUGUAGAGAUGUUUUUGAAUAUUGUUAGUCUAUUGUUGAAUGUGUUCCAUAUAUACAUGUAUAUUUAAGUGGACUUUAGCUUUGUAAUGUCAAGUGUUCAUUCUAACUUUGUUGUUUAGCUAUUCUCUCACUCGUUAAAACAAAAAGGCUGGAUAACCAUAUUUAUUUGAAGGUAAAAUAAAAUAAAUAAUGAACUUGUCAUAAACAUUUUGACUGCAUUACACUUUUUUUCUCUCUUUAUCAUUCUUUCUACUUCCUCCCAUUUUUUAAAUGUUGAUUUUAUCCAGGAUAAUUAAAAACAAUUUUAAAUUAUGAUCUUAUUUUAAUUUUUUUAAUACAUUUAAAUCAAAUUGGAAAGUAAUCUAUAUAUAAAGGGUAUAUUUGGUUUGUUGUCUUUUGGAAGGGGUUUCUUUCUUUCCUUAGGAUUUUGAAGACAAAGUGUACUUUACUUUUGAUGGUAGUAUCGGUGACUAACGUUUUGUUGGAAAUACUAUGUGCAAUCCGUUUGUUUAAAAAUGUGCAAUAUAUUAAUUUUUCUUGUAUUAAUAAAAAAAUGUACUAGUUUAAAGAAGUGAUUUAGCAGUGCUGUCAUUAUGAAUAGAAUAUGAAUACGAAAUUAUUAUGAUGGACUGUCAUCUAGCUGUCUGCUCAUCUAAAUGUCAUGUCAUACAGAAGCCCUAGAAGGAAGCAAUUGGACUGGUUUUUCUUAAAUAUUGACAUGAAGUUUUAAGUCUCGGUCAAUCGGGAACAAGUUUUCAAGCACACAGGACAUUUGGUGGAAAGCAUUCUUUGGAAAUCUAUACCCAUCAAACAUUUAUUAAGUACUAGUGUUAUUUCACUCUUACUACUUGACAAUAAAUAAUUCAGUACUGAUAUUUAUGAGAUGAAUUGUAUUCCUUUUCAAUACUGGAUAUUGUGGGUAAGUUCUAAGCACUGUAAGUUCUUCCAAGAGAUAACAUAAUAAGUGUUACCACAUUAAAAAAUGUGUUUGAUAAAUAAUCUGCCAAGAUGGGUUUUAAGAUGUUGACAUUGUUUUUGUUUUCAAGUAUCAAAAUGCAACACGUAAAAUCAGAACCACUGGUUUAGUUUUCUGUUAAAAUGAAGGCCAUAUAUGUCUUUGUUUUGUUAGACAAAGUUUAUCCAAGUUUUAAUGAAAUCUCUUCAAAGUGUUCACUUUGAUCUCACAUUCCUCCAUUAAAAAAUUCCACAGAAUCGCAAUCAGUCAUUAAUACUUUGUAAUAAUCUUAUUUUGCUUAAAAUAGGCACUGGAUAGAAACAUUUUUUAUCAGUAUGGCAGCUUUUGAAAUUUAUUUUACUGAUGCUCCCAAAAUAGUCACAUAUGUUAACAAAAUUUAAUAUUGAAGAUUUGUUUUAUAUUUGUUAUAAUUUUAAUUUGAUUCUUUUAUUGCUAAGAGUUAUUUACUUCGGACCUUUUAUCUAUUAUAUACGCAGGCUUUAUUUUACUGAAAUAAAUUAAAAGUUGUUUCUUGUGUCAUCAAAAACUGUUUCAUGAAAAUUACAUAAAUGCUUUUCAAAUUUCUACCUUAGAGUUUGUAUUUGGGUUUAUGAUUAGGUCACAGUAUACUUUUUGACCCAGUCUUUUUAGGGGUUUUCUAUCAUAACAGUCAUUAAAAAAGUGUAAUAUUAUAAAGUUGAACUGGUAUGUGGUAAUGUUCAGAAUACUUUUUUAUUCAAAAGUGAAUAUGAGAAACCCCUGCUAACAAGUGCUAGUGUAAGGUAAAUGGUUUGAGUAGUUCAUAUCGUCUGUAUUCUACACAUGCAAAGAUUCAUAUAGAAUUUAUUUCAUUCAGUUUUUUUGUGAUAUUUCAAAACAUCAGUGCUUAGCUAAAUGUUUAAAAAAUUUAUUGGCGGAAUUUUUAAACAGUAAUAUUAAUAAAAUAAAGAUUAUUUUUGCCAAAAGACAAAAAAGGUCACACUUUUCUUUUUUAAUUUUUGGUGUCAUAAAGACAUGUUUUAACUUGUAUGUAUUAAAGAAAUUAUAAUUACAUUUAAUAUACAUUGAAUGAAUUCUAUUCAGAUAAACAUGCGUGAUAAUUAACAUUUACUAUCUUGUUUAAAUUUUAAAAUAUUUUUUUAUAUAUAGCACAACAGUAACAAAAAUUCUAGUCAUGUUUUCUUGACAUUUUUGUUAUAUUAACAUUACUUUAACAAUGUUUGAGAUUUCAUGAUCCAUACACAUUUUCUACAGUUUUUCUUGAACUGGUCUUCAAAAAUCUUCACAGACAUAACUAUCAAAAUAUUGUUUUUAUGUAGAGAUUCAUACAUUGGCACUUUUUUAUUUAUUCCAAAAGGGAUGGGCAUAAAUAUGUAACAAGUUGAUGUAAUGUUUGUUUUUUGGGGAUUUUAAACUUGUUGUAGUCACAAGAAAAUUUUAAACAGACCAAUUAAAUUAUGUGUAGAUUGUUUAUUUUCUUUAUUAAAGAUCAACAGAAUCAUGUGUCUCGGUAUUCAGCUUAUUUUCGGAAAUUAACAAAUAAUUUUCAGUCAUCAUAUCCAAUCGUAGUUGGUCUCUAAUUGUAAUCCCUAUUUUCUCAUGUUGUUUGUCUCGUAACAGCAUUAUGCUUUCACAAACUGUUACAUAUUUAACUGUUGGUUAUAUUUUUGAAUUGUGAUAUAUGUAUAUAUACAUAUACAUACAUAUAUAUAUUUAUUGUUCAGCAUUCCUGGACUUUCUGUUGAUUUUGAAAAUGAAAUUUAGGUUUAUUGUGUUACAUUUGAAUUCCAGAAUGGACAAAUUCUAUUUCUCAGUGUUAAAUGUUGUGUGUUAUAUAACAGUUCUGUGUAGACUUAUGUUGUCUCGAAUAAAAUGCCUACCUGUUGCAAACCUUCAA